AUGGGGUUCUUAUUGAGGGGGACUUUACCAAGUUUUGCAAAAAGCUGGUUAAGAUGGGGUCCUGACAGCAAUCUUUUUGGCUUGAUUGCUGCAAUUAUUGUAUUCACCGUUUCUCUCGUCAGACAUUGGUGUCAAAAAUUGACCAAAUUUGUACCCGGAUCUCGAAUUUCUGAAAAUGGAUGCCUUUCGGCUUUUAACUCGGAGGACACAAGCCAAGGCCCUUUUAUUGGCCGUUUUCUGGUGACAAAGGCACUUCUUCCGCAAAGCGGUACAGUGGCUUCUACACACAGAUUUCAACCAGGCAUACAUACCUGGCAGUAG